UUAUGAAAUUUUCAAAACAUAAAGUUGAAGUUGAUUCGCUUAUUUAUUGAGCAUAGCUUGUUUUCAUUACCAUUAGUUUCUAUAUGUUUAUAAUUUCAGCAAUGGACGGAAUCAAAACAUUCGCUAAAAUAAUAGAACUUGGCAAAAAUAACAGCAAACGUGAAGAAUUGCGAGAAUAUUGUAAAUUAAAAAUUGAUCAGAUUAUCAGUUUUCUACCGCGGCGGAUUUUAAAUUCCGAUGGAGCUGGCCUCCUUGAUUGUAUAUUAAAUGGAAUAUCUGAUGAACGUUUGGGUAAUAACAAAAUUAAAAUAAUAGAUGUAGUACUAAAUACACUGAGAAAAGAAACAACUUCCUUAACUCACAGCAGUGAUAUUAUGAGUAGAGUGCUGCCAGAACUACCAAGACACAAUCUCACAGAUUUAGUCAAAUGGUGUGAUGAUUGUAUUCAAUCUAUUGUUGAAGACAGUGAUACCAAUAUGAUAUGGAAGGAUAUCCUACCGGAAUGUCUGAACACAAUAUCAAGUUACAACAAUGUAAACCACUGCGGUACUGAUAUGACUGGUGCUGAAUACAAACAGCAGUGUAUACGCACACUUUGUCAGUGCAAAUGGAAGGAUCAUCAGCUAGUACAACUUACAUCUAUGUUCAUCGAGAUUGAAUUAUCUAAAAAUGAUCAUAAACAAGUUGUAAAUAAGAUAUGUUCACAUAUCAUGGGUUUAACACCUGCGGAACUUCCACCACUAGUUCACCGACUUGUAAGAUUAUGCAAGUUAUAUAACUUAGAAAUAGUGCUGGCGCAAUUAAGUCAUUAUUUUAACUUACAUCUGUAUAGUAAACUGGAGCCUCCGCCACAGGAUUCUGAAUCUACAACCAUGGAUAUUGAUGAUUUAGCACAACACAGUCCAGCUGAAUUAAGCAGUUGUCUCUCCACAUGUAUCUAUCAUAUGACACAAGGUGCUGCGGAACAUGAACUGAUAAAGAAACACAUCAAGACAUGGCCAAAAACUCAACUGUUGCGAGCUCCCUUCCUCAUUGAUAUUGCUCUAGCAGUGUCGGACAAGGGAGCUGAAUUUAAAUCUGUAUGCUUAGAUGCAAUAAAAUCAGCAAUAGAACAGCGUGCGCUGGACGAGUUGCGUUGCAAACAGUCUGCUUGGGUGCGAUCUGUGUUACCACCAGAUGUCGACGUAGUCAGUGUACUUAAAGUACUUACUACUGAGAGUGCCAAUCAUCGAGAGUUAACUGUACUGGGUUUAAUAAAUUUGGCAUUCUCUCUACUUGGCGUGUCUCGUGUCAGGCCAGUAGCGUCUGUAUUGUGGUCGCACGGGAAACUAAUACUGGUACGACUCUGUAAAACCCAGCCGGCUACCACUGGACAUAUACUGAGUCAGCUCGCUGACAGACUGUGUGGUGAUGUCGCACAGAGACAGUACUCGGAAUGUUUCUACAUAUUGUGCAAAUUAACUCCUGUGUCGGUGGAGCCAUGCACCCAGGUGAACCUGAUCCUGGAGAACUGCCAGCCAUCGGGCACGGAGUACGAGAGCGCGGCGCUGGUGCUGGCCGCUGUACAUCCGCUGCUCGGCUUCAGCACCAGGGUUAGAGAUGCUCUGGUGAUGGUCUGCCGCAAGGGAUUAUACGCAAGGGAGUCGCUGCACCGCUGUCUGUCUGUGUGCGGCUUCCUGACAGUGCUGCGACACAUCAAGCUGUCGGCCACGCUGACCUCCAGCCAGGCCUCCGGAGACCAGCUCAGCGCACACUCAUAUCUCACCCAGCUCACUGUCGAUGUACACGCCACGCAGAACGGAGCUGUGACGUCACGGAUACGUAACGAGGCGAUGUGUAUGGAGGUGGUGUCAAUACUGCGCCGUUGUUUAGUACAAGAUGCGAAUGUUAAACAGUUAUUUUACACAGAGUUAUACGAAUGUGUGAAAGACAAGGCAGCACUGCACGAGGCUGUAUUGGAGCUGCUGUAUGAACACCUGAGCAAGUUCCUGCCUGAAGAUGAAGAUGGUGCCGGUAUACUACUCGAUGAUUGUGUACAAAUUACACCUACCUCUGCUCUACUUACUGAACCGAUCUCGCGACUGUUGUACCUGGUGGCGCAGUUCCUGCAGCCGGUGGAGGAGGACCUGGAGGACAUACUGUCCAGCCCUGAGCUGGAGACUGCCAGCGCACAUCUCAAGAGCAAACUCAACAUUGUCAUGGACAAACUGUGCACUGCUGAUAAUAUUGCUAAUAUUAAUAUGGAGGAUGUAGGUCUAUCAGAUUUAACACCAGAGUCGAAGGCGAAGUGCAUCAAAGUGCAACAAGCGCUGCAGUGCUACGGGGCGCUGGCGGCGCACCUCGUGAUGCAGUGGAGCCCCGCCACCAGGACCGCCCCCACCAACCUAUACAAGCUAUAUAAGGCCAGCAACGAACUGAUGGACCACACCAAGACACCAUCAAAACAAUCUAAAAAGAAUACCAAAUCAUUACUUAAUGAAACAGGAGAAACAACGAAAUCUCACAAGAGUCAGAAAACACAGAAGGAUAAAGGCAAAGGUGUUAAAUUGUCCAACAUGGUGAAAGACAGAGCUGGACCUUUCAAACCUUUACCGUGUCUGUGGGACCUUAAGUUUUGUUUGAGGAUUCUUGUCUUGUUGUACAGCGAGGAGGUGCCAUGGUCAUCAGUGGAGCAGCGCAAUCAGAUCCGGGCACGUCGUGACUUCCACCAGUGGGUGGUGCGCGGUGUGCUGGCUGCAGUCACGGAGCGCGGUCACACGCGACAUGCGCUCACACAUGUCAUCAAAAUAGCAGCUUUAUUGUAUAGGAGAUGUGUUAUCAGAUUUCAAGACUUGUGUGACUUUGACGAGCAAACAGCGCUGGGUUGUCUGGAUGUAUUCAAAACUUGUCUGACCUUGACCUUGUCGAGCAACUACUCGCCUAAAUUAGAAUCACUCAUACCAAAUAUCACAGGACUGACAGACACAACAGUGGCGGCUAGUAUUGCUAAUAUCCUGGAGCACACGCACACUGCGCUUGCGCAGUUCGAUGUAGACGGCACAGAAGAUGCAGACGCGACAGGCAAGAAGAUUCUAUCAGCUUUGUGCCAGCUCGCUACGCUACUGCUGGAGACACCAUUGCAACCCAGCCAGGAGAUGAGUCGUGUUAUAAUAAAAAUGGAGGAGUACGUGCGUCGCAGCAAGCAGGACUGGCUGCAGCUGCUGGUGCCGCUGCUGGCCGCCGCAUGCCGCGAGCAGCACGAGGCGCAGCUGCUGGACGACCUGCUGGAAAAGCUCGCUAUUGCACUCGGCAGGAUUGAUGAAGAAGACUCAUCGGACGUGGAAGAUUCCGGUACAUUCCCGAGUAUCGACUCGCGUACUGGACAUAUAGCUCUGAACCACGUGUGCGCGCAUCUCGGCUACAGGUUCAAGUGCGUGGAACAUCUACUGACCCGUGCCCGGGAUCUGUCCAGUGCGCUGGACACUGCAACUCCACCUCAUCAUACGAGGAUUGAAAAAGAGGUGAAGGAGGUGUACAAGUGCGUGGUGGUGCAGCUCUGCCAGCUGGCGGGGUGGGCGGGGGGCGUGGCGCGCCUGCGUACUGCGGCGGCGGGGGGCGACCGCGUGCUCGCUGUCUGCGUGCGUCUGUAUGCGCUUCUCGCCACCCUUGUACGACAUAUACAACCCGAGCUAGCUAUUGCGCUUAGAUUGGACCGUCUGCUGAAGAUAUCAGGCAAACGUCUAUCAUCAGUGAUGGACUGUCUCAUCACGUACUUGGAGCAGGUCCAGCAGCAGCAGGGUGCGCGGCGUGGUCGUGACAGCCGCCUCGUGCCGCGCCUGGUACUUGAAGCAGAGCAAUUCAACAAGCACGCGACAUUGCUUGCCAACAAAGCUAAGGUUGAUUAUCAACAAUACUUCUCUUUGGGCAUCGCGCGCGACUUCAAGAUAAAGGCCUCACUCUUGCAGCAAGUUCUCAGCGCUGGUGACGAGCAGACUGACACUGCCGAGGAAGAAGACAUAAAUGACGCGAUCACAGAAAUAAUUCCCCUGUCGGUUGAUAAUGAGAACAAUCUAAACGAAGAUAUACCUUUAAGGAAAAAACGAAGAGUUUCUUAAAUAAACUGCGUGAUACUAUGUUAUAUAUUCUUGUUAAAUUUAU